GCAUUGAGGAAGAGGAAUUGAUUUUCUUUUCUAUGCGAAUUAUUUAAUUUGUCUCUCAAAAAUAACAGGGUAAGGAUCAGAAAGGCCCCCGCUGAGCGCGAGCUCAACCCGAACCGGAAAAGUGCCCUUGAAUUGUCCAUGAGGGCUUUCAUAUUGAAAAGAGAUGGCAAUGUUGUCAACCCAGCUGUCGGGACCUCUUUUGAUUCAUUGGAUGAAGCCUAUCAAUUCUACAAUUUAUAUUCGUGGGAGCUUGGAUUUGGUAUAAGGUAUUCAAAAAGCAGGCUAAAUGUGGAGCGGGUGAAGUGCAUGCAGGAGAUAGUCUGUGGAUGUGCGGGUAAACCGGAGAGGGAGAAUACAAGAUCAACACGGUGCGGUUGUGCUGCCCGGAUCAGGCUGCUUCGGUCGGACGACAAUGGAUGGUAUAUUUCAGAGCACCGGGCGGCACACAACCACUCUUUGUCAAGCACUUGUGGUGAGAAGAUGCAUUGGCCGUCGCACAGGCUCAUUGACCGGUAUACUAAGGAUCUUGUUAGGCAGCUUAGAGAGAACAAUGUCAGUCUUGGAAAGGUUUUUAGUAUAGUUGGUAGUUUUCUUGGAACAGUUGAUAAUGUGCCAUUUACAAAACGGUCACUGAAGACGCUGUGUUGCAAGUUGAACAAGGAGCAGUCUGAUUCAGAUGCCCGGAAAACAAUGGACAUACUUGCGGAGAUGAAGGCAAACGAUCCAGAAUUCAACUAUACUGUCCAGGUUGAUGACGAGAGCAGGAUUAAGACACUUAUGUGGGUUAACGGGCGUAGUGUGGACCAGUAUAGGUGUUUCGGAGAUGUUGUAACAUUUGAUACCACAUACAGGACCAACCUAUAUGACAUGCCAUUCGGUCUGUUUGUAGGAGUGAACAAUCACUUCCAGAGCAUAAUUUUCGGAGGUGUCAUGCUGAGGGAUGAGAAGGAGGACACAUUCAAGUGGGUUUUCCGUGAAUUCAUCAGGAUGGUCGGGGGUAAACACCCGCAAACAAUAUUAACAGACCAGGCGCGGUCAAUGGAAUUGGCUAUAGAAACAGAGAUGCCCAAUACAACGCAUAGGUGGUGUAAAUGGCAUGUGCUGAAGAAAGCAAAGGAAUCAAUGGGGGUUUUGUGGAGCAAGAAAACUGAUUUCAAAAGUGAAUUUCAUAAGCUGGUUCAUCACAUGGUCACGGAGCAAGAGUUCGAGGAUGGAUGGUCCGCAAUGCUUGAUAAAUAUUCACUGAGAAAGCACCCGUACCUUACUCAAAUUUAUGAGGUGCGGCAUAAGUGGGCAAAGCCGUAUUUCAGAGGUGUUUUUUGCGCAAAGAUGACUAGUACUCAACGGAGUGAAAGUGCCAAUCACAUGCUUAAAAGUUAUGUCCCCCCGGGCUGUCCAAUGCAUCUGUUCCUCAAACAGUACGAGAAGCUCCAGUUUGACAGAGAGUCUGAAGAGAGCUUCCAGGAGAAAUGA